AUGCCGGGCUCCCGGGCCCGCAGAGGAACCGAGGCCCCGCCGCCCAACGUCUCCCUGCCCCCGCCGCCCGCCGGCCUCAGUGGCACCGGCGCCUGGAACGUGCUCAGCGGCGACAACUCCGAGGGCUGCGUGCGGGCCUGGUCCCCCGUCCUCCCGCGCCUCCCGUCCCCGUCUGCCCGUCUCACGGUCCUCUGGUCCCCGGUAGCCCCCCAUCCUCCAUCCGCCGUCCCCCUGUCCCCGUCUUUUCGUCCUCCAUCUCCUGGUAUCGACUUUGCCACUUGUAAUGCCAGGUUGCUGAGGCCACAGAAAGUGAUUGAGCAAAAUGGCUCUUUUACCAUCCACACACACAGCAGCCUGAGGAACUACCGUGUUACAUUUCGAGAUGGAGAAGAAUUUGAUGAGGGUAAUGAAGGCCUGAAUAACGGAAAAUGCAAGGUACGGAAGGGGGCUCACAGGCACAGAGGCUGGGCCCGUUGGAUGGAAGGGGACAAGCUCCACCUGGAAAUGUUUGAAGGCCAAGUGUGCCAACAGACCUUCCCGAGAGCCUGAGCUGUCUCCGCCCACAGAGCCCCCAAGUGACUGCAGCUGAAUGCUGAGUUCUCUUCCCCAAGGAGCAGAUGUCGCGCCGGCCCAGUUUGGGAGCUCGUGGCUGAGGGGACACCGCAAGCCUGUCCCAGGAGCCGUCGACUCGGAUUGGGGGGAAACUGCUCACUGUCAAUAAACCUGUCCAGUGACCCUGA